CGAAGAGCUGCGCUUCGCUUCGAAAGCUGUUGACUACGUUACCCAGAAUCCACAGCGAGCGAGGAAACGUUGACGUGUAUUUUAGUUCACUGCGUUCAGUUGUGAAAGCCGGCGUUUCCAUUUUAGCGACGUUUCUGGGGCCAGCUGUCUGGAACGAUGUCCGGAGAGAUGUCUAUGAUCGGUUCGGUGAUCCUAGCCCUGUUUCUGGCCGGGUACCUGGGCCAGCAGUACUUGCCUCCCCCGAAACCCAAAGUGAUCGGCCUGGACCUGGGCACCACCUUCUGCUCGGUGGGAGUCUUCCGGCCGGGCAGCGGGAAGGUGGAGGUGAUCGAAGACGAGGAGGGGCGGAAGAGCAUCCCCAGCGCCGUCUCCUUCACCAACACGGCGGUGCUAGCUGGCUACGAAGCCAUGGAUGUGGCGGACAGCAACCCCCAGAACACCGUGUACGAUUCCAAGAGAUUCAUCGGCAAGAUGUUUGAGCCGGGCGUCCUGGAGCAGGAGAGCGCCAGGUACCCGUUUCAGGUGACGAACAACAACGGAAGCGCCGAGUUCGUGAUCUCCACCAACCACACCUUCACGGUGAGCCCAGAGUUCGUCGGCUCCAGGCUGCUGCUGAGGCUGAAGGAGAUGGCGGAGCGGCAGCUGGGCGCGCCCGUCCACAAGGCCGUCAUCUCGGUGCCCGCGGAGUUCGACGAGAGGCAGAGGAACUACACGGUCCGAGCCGCCAACCUCGCAGGUUUGGAGAUCCUGCGUGUGAUCAACGAGCCCACGGCGGCGGCCAUGGCCUACGGCCUGCACAAAGUGGACGUGUUCAACGUGCUGGUGGUGGACCUGGGGGGAGGCACCCUGGACGUGUCUCUGCUCAACAAGCAGGGAGGCAUGUUCCUCACCAGGGCCAUGGCAGGAAAUAACAAGCUGGGAGGUCAAGACUUCAGCCAGCGCUUGUUCCUUUACACCACGGAGCGCGUCCGGCAGCAGUUUGGCGUCGCCCCCGCCCUCAAGGAGGACAUCCACCGCCUCCGACAGGCCGUAGAAGCCGCCAAGCUCAACCUCACCCUCCACCCCAGCGCCCUGAUCGCUGUGCCCCUGCACCUUCGCCCACACCAGGGCUCCGAGUCCCCUGGGGGCCCCGCCCCCCCUCCGGUGGUCUUCCAGGCCGCCGUCACCCGGCAGCUGUUCGAGGAGCUCAACGAGGACCUCUUCCAGAAGAUCCUGGUCCCGGUGGAGACCGUGCUGGCCGAGGGCCACCUGGGGAAGGAGGACGUGGACGAGAUAGUUCUGGUGGGAGGCUCCACCAGGAUCCCGCGCAUCAGAGCGCUCAUCAGCGACUUCUUUGGGAAGGAGCCCAACACGUCCGUGGACCCGGACCUGGCCGUGGUCACGGGCGUGGCCAUCCAGGCCGGCAUCAUGGGCGGCUCCUGGCCGCUGCAGGUCAGCGCCAUAGAAAUCCCCAACCGACACCUGCGCAAGACCAACUUCAGCUAAUCCACAGCCGGGACGCCGCCGCCGCCUCCCGUGACCGCCCACCGUGACGCUCCGUGUUCACCGGAGGAAUGCCCCAGGGGCUUCUGGGUAAUGUGUGCGGGUCCGACUCACUGAACUGUCUGCUUCCUCCCUCGAUGGGAAGUGUGCCGGUAGCAAAGCAAGCGCGUUGAGACGCGCUCAGACCCCGCAGCGUGCGUGUUUAGGACAUUCAGGGAGGAGUUUACCGUUUAGGAGACUAGUCAGGACAUUUUCACCUAUUUAUUUAUUUAUUCCAGCUGCAUUUCUCUGUGUUGAACGGAGCUGCGCUCUCCCUCCGCCGCCCUCUCACUAAGCUGCUAAUCUGAACCGCCUCGCUUCCCGUCAGCGUGGAAUGACUCAGGUGUUCAGGGAGGUCCGGAGUUUUCAGGUAACAAAUGAAGGGUCACCCCCGAUUACUCUGUUCUGAUUUAGUGCCAUGGGUUUUUUUUUUGUGCCAAUAUGUGGAACAGACACACUCAGUGAUGCACUUUAAGGACUCAUACCUGUGGGCCGUCUUCUUCUUUUGUGCAAUAACAAGCAGCGUAGUUAAACGCUCAGUUCUGACACCUACAGGGGGACCAAAGUGUUGCUUAUCAGUGCCUUGUUUGUACGAUCUUGUUAAACGUGUUACUGUUUCACGCAGGUUUUACAGACAUCUGUGUGAAAUGGUUUGAUCUGCACAUGGCUUUCAUUUAUUAGCUAACCUUCAUCGUCUGUUGUUUGCUUUCCUGACGGUCAGGAAGUCGUGAACCACCCAACAUUCCCUCCAUUAUUUUUGCUUUGCCAAAUUGAGUUUAACAGAUGUAGAACCUGAAGUUAAUGUAAAAUAUGCUUCUGUAUUCAAACUGGAGAGAUCACAUAUGUCCUUAUAUGGAAGAGCUUGGAUCUAUUUUUGUACGCGACAUUUUUAGGAUCAGAGUGAAACUGCUGUUUCAUACAUUAAAAUUCAUUCCCCAUCUA